AUGGGUUCGGAAAAGCCGAAGGGCCGUCUGGCAUACUGGGCAAAGAGGCUUGAGUGCCCAGUUGACGAGAACGCCAACUACAAAAACACCUUCUGGGCUUUGCGGGAUACUGGGUCAUCUGCGGGCAAGUCAUCGAGCCCCAUUGUUGUGCAGGACACUGACCAGUCGGCAUUCAGGAUCAACACGACAGCUUGGACAGCUGGAUCAUCACUCUUGUCCCUCGGCUUGAGCGUACCUCAGGCCAUGGGGGUCGUGGUGGGUGUUGCUCUGAUCUCAGCCUUGAUUGCGGUCUUCGCCGGUUGGCCUGGUAGUCACCUGUACCUCGGAUUCACCGUCUUAUCCCGCGCGUCUUGGGGCAUGAGGGGCGGUUUCUGGCCAGUGUUGAACCGAAUCAUGACCGCCUGCGUUUGGAUGGGCAUUCAGGCAUACUGGGGCGGACAAGCCGUCAAGAUCAUCCUCCGCGCCCUCAUCGGCCGCAGCUUCAUCGAGCUCAAAAACACGCUCCCCGCCACCGCCAACACCGACACCGCCAGCCUCAUCAGCUUCUUCGUCUUCAUCGCCAUCUUCCUCCCCCUCCCGCUCAUCCCGCCCGAGAAGCUGCAGCUCCCCUUCAAAAUCACCUUCGUCAUGAUCACCGCCACCAUGUUCGGCAUGCUCGGCUGGGCCGUCCGCGCGGCGGGCGGCAGCGCGGGGGGCCUCGUCCACGCGCCGGCGACGCAGCACGGCGCGGCGCUGCGGUGGGCCGCGGCCUACGGGCUGCAGUCCAUCGUGGGGUCGCAGGCGUCCGGGUGCCUGGGCCAGAGCGACUGGACGCGGUACGCGCGCGCGCCGCACGCCGCGCUGCUCGGCCAGCUCGUCGCCGCGCCCGUCUUCAUCGUCGUUACUGCCGUGUGCGGCAUCCUCAUCACCAGCGCCGCCGCCACCGUCUACGGCCGGUACGUGUGGAACCCGUUCGAGCUGCUGCUGCUGGUGCAGGAGGAGGAGGGCGGCGCGCGGCCGGCGGCGAGGGCCGGCACGUUUUUCGCGGGCUUGGGCUUCUUGGUCAGCCAGUUGGCGCUGUGUCAGAUGUUGAAUGGGAUUUCGACCGGGAUGGAUAUGGCGGCGUUGUGUCCGAAAUGGAUCAACAUCCGCCGCGGCUGCUACAUCCUCACCGUCAUCGCCAUCGCCAUCUGCCCAUGGAACUACGUCACCAACCCCGGCACCUUCAUCACCGUCCUCUCCGGCUGGUCCGUCUUCCUCUCGCCCAUGACCGCCAUCGUCAUCUGCGACUACGCCCUCGUCCGCCGCGGCCCCCGCUACCGCGUCUCCGACCUCUACCGCGGCGACGCCUCGUCCGCGUACUGGUACGUCGCCGGCUUCAACCCGCGCGCCUUCGUCGCCUGGAUCGCCGGCAUGGCCCCGCUGCUGCCCGGCUUCGCGCGCGCGGUGAAAGGCGUCGGUGGUACGAGUGGCUGGGAUCGCGUCUAUCAGGUUAGUUAUUUUUAUGGGUUCGGCGCGACGUUUGUCGUGUAUUGGGCGUUGUUUGCGGUGUGGCCGGUGGAGGGGCAGAGGGAGUGUGGGGGGUUUGUGUUGGAGGGGGUGGCGGAGAUGGUGGGGGUGGAGGGAGAGGGGGUGGAGGAUGAUCGGGGGAGGGGGAGUGGGAGUGGGAGUGGGAGCGCGGGUGGGAGGGGAGGGGCGGGGGAGGGGCAUGUGGAGAUGGGUACUGUCGAUGGGAAAGAGGCUGCGAAGACGUUUGCGGAGUGA